CUUAAAUUCAACAAACGAAGACGCCGUAACUGGUUUAGGGUAACCUGCAUAAACAACUUGAAAGAGAGAAGAAGAACAAUUUGGUGUGCAUAUUUGCACCUGCGCUAAUUGGAGCUCUACACAACUAAACAAGUUACCUUAUUUCCGGGUUACUCGAGUGGUUUUGAAGCGCAGAUUUCUUAUGGAGAUCAACCAGAAUGAGAACACGACAUCACUUGUGUUGCUGAAACAAGGGGCAGAAGCUCGAGUUUUUGAGUCAACUUUUGUAGGAAAGAGAUCCGUUGUUAAGGAACGUUUCUCCAAGAAAUACAGGCAUCCAACUCUAGACUCUAAAUUGACUCUAAAACGCUUGAAUGCAGAGGCACGAUGCAUGACAAAGGCAAGACGACUUGGUGUCUUGACGCCAGUGCUGUACGCUGUUGACCCUGUUAUACAUACUUUAACUUUUGAGUUUGUGGAGGGACCUGCUGUCAAAGAUGUAUUUCUGGAUUUUGGGUUAAAUCGUGUUAGCAAGGAACAGAUUGAUGACAUUGCAACAAAGAUUGGUGGUUCAAUAGGGAAAUUACAUGAUGGUGGAUUGAUUCAUGGUGAUCUGACAACAUCAAACAUGUUACUUCGAAGUGAUAAUAAUCAGCUGGUUCUCAUUGACUUUGGUUUGAGCUUCACAUCAUCGCUUCCCGAAGAUAAAGCUGUAGACCUAUACGUCCUCGAGAGAGCUUUAAUUUCCAUGCAUUCUUCAUGUGGAAAUGUGAUGGAUCAGAUACUAGCCGGUUACAGAAAGUCAUCCAAGCAAUGGUCAUCAACAUUGAAUAAGCUAGCUCAAGUGCGACAGAGAGGCCGAAAACGCACCAUGAUUGGGUGAUUUCCUGUCUGGCUGAAGUACAUAGCGGGGGUGAGAUGAAGAUGGAACAAGAUACCCUUUGUGCACUAGCAAAUCAAACAGUUCCCUGUUGGACUGCUUCUGUUAUUUGCGUUUCAUUUAAUCUUCUUAGAUUUCCUAUUUAGACUCUGAUCAUGAGAUUGAGCUGUAGAUCAUAAGCAAUGUUUUCUAAAUAGAUGUAAUCCUUCUGCACGAUUGAUUGUUUGUUGACUUCUUAAUCCAAUUCUGUACCAUUUGUGGGCAACUGAACUGCUUAA